AUGCGCGGUCCAAUCACAACACCGCUCACCACCCUUCUGGGCAUCCAGCAUCCCAUCAUCCUCGCCGGCAUGGCGCAGGUCUCUGGCGCCCGCCUCGCCGCUGCGGUAGCAAACGCAGGCGGCUUUCCUGUUGUUGGAGGAUACGAAUGCACACCAGAGCAGCUUCUGAGCACAAUUACCGAGAUGAAGGCGCUGUUCGACCGCCCCGAUCUACCGUUUGGUGUAGAUGUUGCCAUUCCCAAGGUUGGCGGUGGUGCGCGAAAGACGAACCGCGAUGUUACCAAUGGCAAGCUAGACGACUUGAUAGCAAUCUCUAUCGACAACGGCGCCAAAUUGUUUGCCUGCUCAGCGGGUGUCCCGCAGCCUCACAUCGUCGCAUAUCUACACAGCCGAGGUGUUCUCGUCAUGAAUGUCAUUGGGCAUCCAAAACACGCUGUCAAGGCACUAGAUGCCGGCAUCGACAUCAUCUGCGCGCAGGGCAAAGAAGGCCGUGGCCACUGCGGAAAUAUUCCCACGUCCGUGUUGAUCCCGGCUGUUGUUUCCAUCGCCCAGAGAUACCGCCCGCCCAUGCUCCAGGGCUUACCUGCCCAAGUGAUUGCCGGCGGAGGCGUUUCAUGCGGCCCGAGUCUUGCGGGAGUCUUAAUACAAGGUGCUGCCGCGGCGUGGGUAAGCACUCGCUUCGUAGCGUCCGAGGAGGCCAAUGCCAGCGAUGAGGCGAAGCAGGCAAUCUUGGCGUGCGGGUUUGAAGAGACGGAGCGUACGCUGGUCUUGACAGGUCGACCGCUGCGUAUACGGCCAAAUGCGUACAUCCAGAGCUGGCAUGCGCGGCGGAACGAGGUUGCAGAGCUGUGUGAGCGAGGCGUUGUUCCUGCAGAGGCUGACUAUAGAAACAACAAUGUGAUUGAUGUGCCGUUUAUGAUGGGUGAAGUGGCGGGUUCGAUUACGGAGAUUUUGCCGGCUGGGAAAAUUGUGGAGGAUAUGGCGAGCGGUGCGGCGGAGAUGUUGAGGAUGGGUGGACAGUAUGUUGGCGGGAUGGAGAGGGCUAGAUUGUAG